GACCAGACCGACCCAUAUUCGCCGCGCUGUGUAUUCUGGGAACACACAGUAGUUUCAAGAUGGCGGCGAGCAGGAGGCUGGCCAAGGAACUUGAAGAGAUUCGCAGGUCUGGAAUGAAAAACUUCAGAAACAUUCAAGUUGAGGAAUCAAACCUAUUGUCAUGGCAAGGGCUCAUUGUUCCUGACAACCCUCCUUAUGACAAAGGUGCGUUCAGAAUCGAAAUCAUUUUCCCCACCGAGUACCCUUUCAAGCCUCCCAAGAUCACAUUCAAGACAAAGAUCUAUCACCCCAACAUUGAUGAGAAGGGUCAGGUGUGCUUGCCUGUGAUCAGCGCAGAGAACUGGAAGCCUGCCACCAAAACUGACCAAGUAAUUCAGUCCCUCAUUGCGCUGGUGAACGACCCCCAGCCGGAGCAUCCCCUUAGGGCAGACCUAGCAGAAGAAUACUCAAAGGACCGUAAAAAAUUCUUGAAGAACGCUGAAGAGUUUACAAAGAAACACGGUGAAAAGCGGCCAAUGGACUGAUCACCUGACAAACGUGUAGCCCUCUCUCUGUCUCUUUCUCCCCCUCUCCUAUCUCACCUGCCCCACCAAAAACCAAUCUCCCUCUCGCCCCCCUGCUCUCCCCCACACCUCACCACCUUCCCCGCUCACUCUCCUCCCCCCUUCUCCCCCACACCGGUCCUCCCUGCAGUCCAGGAGCCGCCCAGCUGAAGCCAGGCAGCAGCAUCCUCAGCCUCCCUCCCCAUCCAGGACUCUCUGUGGAUCAGACAGCUUCCUCCACCUCCUCUUACUACUGCUCUUCCUCGGCCAUAAAUCUCCAGACCAUUUCUAACUUUCUACUCUUUUCUUAAUGUGAAAAUGGAAAAGAAAUGCUAAGGGAAUGUGAUGUUCAAAUGAAGUUAGAUGGAAAUACUGCAUAAUGUGUUAAAUUUUUCUUUAUGCGUUCCCUCUAUAUAAACAACUCUUUUGUUAAAUAGAUCUCACUUAAACAUGAUUUUUCUGAAGUAUUAUUUUUUUCAGAGCAGUAAAUCUGGUUAAUCACUCCAUUUUUUUUCCUUUUGCCCUAUCAUCAAUAAUCUUUUAAGCAAAAACAAACAAAUGUGACAGACAGAAUGGAAGCUGUAGGUAGGACCUGGAGGUGUGUGCCGACUGCAGUGUUUCCCUUACUCAACUCCACUGCUUCUAGAGCUGCACUGUACUCUGAGAUGAUCCCUCCCACAUCUCCUUCCCCAGUUUGCAACCCACUGAGCAGAAACAAACAAUAACAGGCCAAACGAAUUGAAUUGGUAUUGCUGAAAAUGCUGGAGAAGAUGCUUGAGUGUUAAAGAAAAUAACAAACACUCCAAACAUGCAGACAUAAUUAGCAGGCCCUCAAAGACUAUCCCCACAUUUGAUGGGUUUUUGCAACACCGACAGUUGACCUCCCUCAGGCUAAACCAGUUUUCAGCAUGAUAAAUAGCUAUUGUGAUUUUCUUUUCCUUAUUAAUAACAAUUUGCUUUCUCCACUUGAAAUUGUUUGUGUGGCACUUGAUAUAUAAAAUUGGUAACGUGGGAAGAACCUGUUUGGUUAAUUUGAAUAUUCCAGGCAUGUCUCCUCUCCCACUAUUGGGCACCCCAAUAUAACCACCUAUCACAUUAGAACUGAGCCUUUACCACACUGAGACAUAUUCCAGUGGCAGUGGACUGUCAGCUGCUGAAAGGGACCUAACCUGUCGGGGAGGGGGGGGGGGGGGGGGGCUGGAAAAGAAUGCACUCAGCUGGAAUGAAGCUCAGCUCCUGGAGAUGGUCCUAGAAACAAGCACCAUGAAGGCAGUUGGAGAGGGCUGGCUGUCUGGGGAUGUGUCAGGACAUGGAAAGGGACUGCAGUGGCCAAAAACCACCAUGUAACAGCUGUUUGAUCUGGUCCCAAUAUUGUUUCAUAAUAAAGAUGGCUAACCAUUUGGCCUCACU